GUACUUUUCUAACCGCACGUAACCACAGCAAGGGAUGGGUUAAAUUUUUUAGAAGCUUGACUUAGUGAAAGUAACUGGACUGAAUUCGACAAACGAGCGGGGAAAAAAGGAUUCAGCCCUCCUCUCCUCUCCAUCUCUCAUUCCUCCUGAGAUGUUGUUUUGUGUUAGAGCUGAAACUGGAAGCGCACUCCCGAUUUUAAUCCAUUCUCCACGAAGCUUCAACGUCUGUGCGCGCAAACUUAUGUCAUGAUUGCUAACUUGGGCUUUAAUUUAUUAAGUUUAAUUGCCAUGACUAAACGUUCACUUUUAUUUCUAUACAUUUUCCAAGGACUACUCCCCCUCAGCUUUGGGCAGCAGCGCACGGUUGGCCCCUGGCGGCACCGGAUUCAAUGGGAGAACAACGGGCAGGUUUACAGUUUAAUGAGCACUGGGUUGGAGUACCAGGCUCCGUAUCGGUCCACCAGCCAGUCGAGGGUUUACGUGAGCAGUCGGAGGGAUGGGACCGGGAGCCAGAUGUCAGGAGCGCGCAGAAGAAUGACGGUUGUGAGAACCGGACCGACUGAGUCCAGACAGUUCAGGACUGAUAACAGUGCGCAGUCGGGACCUCUCACACCUGGACACGAUGUUAGACAGUAUGUGCCCGUGAAUCGUCACGCGUCAGGGGUCAGACAGCGACCCGAACGCCCUACAGCAGCAGUUGUAAGACAUCCAGGCGCACGUCAUUUUAAUGGUGAAUUCACCAGAACCAUGAACGCCUCUACACCGGGAAGUUCAGGAGAUUUCUCUGGCAGAAAUGGAGUGUCUGUCACUGUGGAUAAUACCGCACUACACACUAGAAUAGGUGAAUCCGGACCUGGUGCGCAAAACCAGCAGUUACGCGCGGGGCCCGAGGUGACGCCUGUCUCCAGGCAACCUGCUCACUCUGAUCGCUCCAUCUCAGCACACCCGUCAGGUCUGGAAAACGAGUCUGAGGCACCGGCUGUAUUUCCUGCACUUACUGAGGAAAACAGCAAUGGAGAGGACAUGGUUAACGACGACCCUCGAAACCCACUUAAAAACCACAGGAAUUCUGUUUUCUACAACAUGUAUCCGACCAGAGGGAGAUCAGCGGCCCGCACCCUCCGUCCGCCUGGCACAGGGUACGGAACAAGAUAUUUCCAAAACGGACUGCCAGACCUUGUGCCAGACCCAUAUGCCAUCCAAGCAGGUACCUAUGUCCAGCGCAUGCAGAUGUACGCGCUUCGCUGUGCGGCUGAGGAGAACUGUCUGGCCAGGUCGGCUUAUGGACCCGCUGUGCGAGACAUCGACUUCAGAGUUCUCCUGCGGUUUCCACAGAAAGUGAAAAACCAAGGCACCGCUGACUUCCUCCCUUUCAAGCCCAGAUAUCAGUGGGACUGGCACAGCUGUCACCAACACUACCACAGCAUGGACGCCUUCAGCAACUACGACCUGCUGGACGUUAUCACAGGACGUAAAGUGGCCGAGGGACACAAGGCCAGUUUCUGUCUGGAGGACACGAACUGCGAUCCUGGAUUCAGGCGACGCUAUGCCUGUACAGCUCAUACGCAGGGUCUGAGCCCAGGUUGCCAUGACAUCUACGCCGCCAACAUCGACUGUCAGUGGAUUGACAUCACUGAUGUGCCUCCAGGAAACUACAUCUUGAAGGUUACAGUCAAUCCCAAUUUCCACGUCCUGGAGUCAGACCUCACCAACAACGUAGUGAGAUGUGAUAUCACUUACACAGGCGUUUAUGUUCAGACACGCAACUGUCGAAUAACGAGGGGUUGAAAUAUUCAUUUUUCUGGAAACAUGCAGAAGUUUGGCAGUAAGACCCCCUCUGUACUGCACAGGCUCAACGACAUCAGUGAAAAAAAGUUUAUGCAAUUGGUAAAAGUUUGUAUUACAGGAUUAAUGGUGAGCUACAUUCCUGCUAUGAAGUGCUGGGGUUGCAUUUAUUCAGAAUAAAUGCAAAAUUAGUUUACACAAACUUUGUAUAUGGAACUAAUGAUGUCAUCAGAAUUACUUGAUUGUGUAUUUCUAGAAAUGUGUUACGAUUGGUUACAAAUUAUGUUUUGGUUUGUUUUUCUUAACAAAUACAAGUACUGUUCGUAGACACGUUUGUUCCUUUAAGUGCUACUUACUCGCUUGAAAUGUGUGUAUUGUUUGUCAUUUGAUGUCUUUGUUAAUGUUUUUUUUUUCUGAUUUUUUUCUGAUUUUUCUUACUAUUAAGUGCAAAUUAUUAACAUCUAGAGAUUUAUGUAACCUUAUAACAUCCACUCUUUUAGGGAAACUCUUUUAGGGAUAAGGGUUAAUGGUGCUCAUUUCCAGCUCCAUAAUUUGUUCUUCCUCUCUACUAGAGGAGUUUUGUGUGAUUACCAGUUCAAAACAAGGUCCCCUGGUUUUCAGCAGAGGUCUAGAAAAAGGCUCCUCUGCCUUUAAGACAGCUGUUUUGUGAUUGGCUGCCCUUCCUUAAACAUUAUCUUGGAUCGGGCUGGUCUGCUCACACCCAGAGCCUGAUAUAUUAGGCGUGACCAUAUUAGGGGGAAAAAAAACUGACCAUGCAUAUAGAGCAGUCUGAUGCCUGAGCUUGUGGAUCACAGGGACUAUAGUACAGUGACAUUAUUAUUUGAAACUUUCAUCAUUUCAUCAUAUUUCAUCAUAUGAAUAUCAACCACUGUAAAACUGUACAUGAGAUAUGAUCAAAUGCUCUGCAAAUCAGGCUUGAAAAAACAUGGCAACCAAAACACUAAAGUUGACGCUUCAGAGCCAACAGGCAAAGUCGUGAUGUUUUAUACCGUCUGUCGUCGUCCUUUAGACAACUCAGGAUGUGACUGUAGAACUUCAUGUUGAUAGUCUGGUCAUGACGGGUGAAUUCAUGGAGCACCCUCCAAACCCCCUCCAAAAACUCAUCAUCAUCUCCUGACCUGAAGUGUCGCCGUCAGGCUUGGAAACUUAGGAUGCUUCAACUGAAAACUGCCGGGUCAUAGCUGGAGGUCCAAUUCUCAUUACCAGCAAGUACCAGCAAGAAAGUCAGUCUUCAAUUUUAAAUUAAAUCAGGUAUGUUUUUGUGUUUGUUUGUUUUGUUUUGUUAUUUUAUGAUAGUGGUCCUGGAGCUUUUUGACCAUACCUUGUAUAUAAGAAAAAAUAAGAAAAAGGUUAGCUCCUCUUUAAUAGGCAAUGAUUUUUGUGGUCUUUUUUGGCCUGAGUGGAAAGGUUAUAAUAGAAGGUCCAAACACAUGUAUGAAACCACAUCUUAAAUGUUACUGACAGAAUCUGAAAACCUGCUUGUGUAACAUGUGGCUCAGAGACAACCUAAACAUAACCCUAAACAGAUCACCAUCCAAUCUGGUGGAUGUUAAGAGGUUUUUACAUAAAAUAUAUGCUACUGUCAACAAUUCUCAUAAAAACAUCUAAACCAGAACUGAGAAGAGGAUCCACAACACGUGGUGGAAGGUUUUACAAAGACAAAGAGAAGUUGUAUUCUCCAAUAGGUCACUACAAAACACCCCAUGGGUUAAAGCAGCCCGUUUUUAGUCCCAGGACUGAGCUCUUACUGGGUGACUAUUGUGUAGUGUGAUCCUGGCCUUCUAUAGGAUCACACUGCAUAUUUAUAAUAUAUGUAGCUUUAAAAAAAACCCAUCAUUUUCUAAAACUGCAGCACACUAAGUAAGCGAACACUACUCAAACAGCAGUAUUUAUGGCAGCCGGAUACUGAAUGGAGACUCCAGUAAAAAUAAACUACGGCAUCCAUGUUGAUGAUAAAAGAAGAAAUAAGUCAGCCGGUUAAAGAGUAUGACUCAGAAUAUUUUUCAGUAGAGCUCUUGGGAGCAGAUGAAUAACAUGCAUCAGGCUUUGAAUAAACACAGACAAAGCCUAGUAGAAAGCAUUAAUUUUGAUCUUUUCAGGGGAUUUGUUGACAACAGGAAACAAACAGAACCACAUCCAGCUCAUCCUUUAACCUGGACAUAUUAGAAAACUGCAAAUACUCGUUUGAUGUUGAAUAGUCAAGGAUGUAUGUUAUGAGUAUGUUUCUACAAGUGUGUUAGUGUAUAACUGAGUGAAUGGAAAUGUUGAAAUGAUAAAACAGUGUUGAAAAUAUAGUCUGAUAUGUUGAUGCAUUACAUUACAAAUCAAAGUUUCAUGUUAGAAAA